UGUGUGUGGAUAUCCCGCCAGAGAGGAGAAGUGCUAGCUGUUCGCUGCUCUGGUGGAGGUCCACAGUGUUUCCACAGGCCCUGUCCCAGAUACUGCCUCAGUGACAAGUUCAGCCGUGAGCACCGAUUAGCAUGUGACUGAGAGUCCCGCACACUACACAAAACGAACACACCCACUCACACGGCUUCCCUCGUGCUUCCUCAAGCUUAAUAUGAAAUCAUUCCAAGUGAGACUAGUUGUUUGACUGUCUGCAGGAACCUACAUCUCUGAUUGUGAGUCAGUAACACCAGUUGACCACCCUGGAAACAUGACCUGCUACAUGAAUCUACAUCCUCAUGGGGCGGAGUUCUAAACGCAUGAACCAGGGAGGAGCAAUUACAGCUAGUAAAGACUGGAGGCUCUGUCAGAGGGAGUAGUACUGUCCUGGUAAAGUUGCACAGUUCAGGUCCAGAAGAGGUUUCUGUAAACUCCUGCAUCAUGACUUCUGCACAACCUGCACCAGUGAGGACGGAGGAAGAAGCAGCUGGUGGUUCUAAUCCAGCUGCAGUGAAAGGACAGUGGAAGUGCCCCCUGAGUGAUCGUCACAUUCAUGGAGAGGAUGUGAGAAAGGUGUGGAAAGAAUGCCAAGAGGAGAGCUUCUGGUACAGAGCUCUCCCCUUGUCCCUGGGCAGCAUGGCUGUCACUGGUGGGCUGAUAUACAAUGGUAUCUGGAAGUCAUCAAAGCGAUUUGGUCCCUUUCCAAAACUAGCAGUUGCUGGGAUCCUUGGUUACGCUGUGGGGAAAGCAUCUUAUGUUAGAACUUGUCGAGGAAAGUUCCACGAGCUUGGCCUUGGGGAUGGACCAGGAUUUGGACCCUGGUCGCAAGGAGGACCUUUAAAUAACCAUGGUCCCGGACACAGAUCCUGCCACCAUGUCUGUGAAGAAUGUAAGAAAUCAGCUCAAGCUACACCGACAGAGGAGGUGAAAAGUUAAAUACUCAUGGGAGGACUGACUGUCAGGAUGGCCCUGUCAGUAGCAGUAUAUUGCUUCUUAAAUGUUAUUAAUACUGGUUAACAUGUGUUCAUGUCAAACCAUGCACAAGGUGCCACUAGGGGGAGCAACUGUCCUUUUAAUCACAGAUCUGUGUUAAUGUAUUUCAUUAGAUUAUUUUCUAAAAUAUGAAAUAAAAACUAAAGACAAUUUGCUUAUUUUAUGCUGUUUGCCUAUGAGCGAUUUGGACUGUUUUAUCAGCAAAUACACAACAUCAUACAAAGAACCAAUA